AGAACCAAUCCUCAUGGACUAGGAUGCUUCUUCAUCUUUAACCAACUUUCUCUUAUUCUUUUCUCUUUGGGUUAAACACUGACUUUUCUAGCGUGCCCCCCACAUGUUCGUCAUAAUGUCUAUGUGAUUUUGCUUUUCAAUUUUUAUGUUUCUCUGUUCCUGAUGUUUUAAUCAGUAUUAUAAUAUCCAAUCUAUUCAUGAAGUAAAUAAUUUAAUUGCCCCCAUUUGGAUUUGGAAUAUAGAAACAUUUUAUGCCCAGAUGCAUCGUCUUGAAUGAGGCCGUCCUAGCUAGAAAUGGCAGCAACUGCCUCAUCUAAUUCUAAAUGCUUGAGAUUGUUGUGACUAUUUUAUGAAAUAACAAGACAAACCCAAGUCGUUACUCUUUGGUGGUAGGUACAUUUUUAUCAGUAGACACAUUGAAGAUAAUGGACUCAAAACUCUCAAGUCAUGAAUCUCAAUGAAUUCAUUCAAUUUCUAGCGGACAUGACAAAUGGUAAGGAAUUCUGCAGCAAAACCCAGCUCCCAGUUUGUGCAUUAUAUGUGUUGUAGAUGAAGCUGAUAUCAUCAUCACCUACACAACUAUACCCCUUGAUCAGUUGUGCUUAUUAGAGAGAGUUUUGCUUGAACCUGCUCAGCAGCAGCCUUUUUGAGGAAUAAUUUUACUUUAUCCUCAAAUAGAGAAAAGUGAGACUGAUGGUAUUAUAUUAUGUAAUCUCAGGCCAAUUUUUACCCCUUUUCGUGGUGUAGGCUUUAAAGCUAGUGAUUGCUACAAAUUUGAAAAAUGUCAUUGUCGCUGCCCUUCACAUCCCAAGGGGAUUGGCCAAUCUCUUUUCUCAGUUCCAGUUUCCUCCCUAGGAAUCCUUCUUGGUUACGUUGUAACAUUAACCAAAAUUACCAAAACAGUAAGAAAUCCAGAAAUCUAUCUAUUUCUAUCUCAUGUUCAUCUAUCAAAAUUGUCCGGAGCCCUUCACUAGACAGGAAUGUUGUGAAGCAAAACAAGAUUCGGUUUGUUCAAAAGCUGAAAACACUGCUCCUUUCUAAACCAAAACACUUUUUGCCACUCCACGUUCUUUCAAAAUGUCGAUCCUACCUUUCCCUUUCAAGGCCUCGCUCAAUCCUAUCCAUGAUCCAUCGUUAUCCUUUAAUUUUUGAAGUCUUUGCAGUUCCAAGGCCACCUACACCGUUCAAUGCAACCAAAUCAUAUUCUCAACUUUGUGUUCGUCUAACCCCAGCUGCAGCAGCCCUUGCCACCCAGGAAUUAAAUCUCAAAUCAGCCAUCUCAAUGACUUUGGCAUCCAAACUCCAGAAACUUCUCAUGCUCUCUUCUCACCAUCGGCUCCUUCUAUCAAAGUUGGUUCACAUUGCUCCAGAUCUUGGCCUUCCCCCUAAUUUCCGUUCUCGUCUUUGCAAUGAUCACCCUGAGAAAUUUAAAACUGUGGAUACCUCCUAUGGCCGUGCACUAGAGCUUGUGUCUUGGGAUCUGCACCUAGCAAAACCUUUACCCUCUCCCGAAGUUCAUUCACGUGGGCUGAUAGUAGACAGGCCUUUGAAAUUUAAACAGUUGAGACUCCGAAAGGGACUAAAUUUGAAGAGACGUCACCAGGAUUUUCUGCUCAGGUUUGGUGAAAUGCCAGAUGUGUGCCCUUAUAAUACUCCUGUGGAGGCAUUGGGUCAAGAGUCCAUUGAAGCAGAGAAAAGAGGCUGUGGGGUGGUGAGAGAGGUGUUGGGGAUGAUGGUUGAAAAGAGAACUUUAAUUGACCACUUGACACAUUUCAGGAAGGAGUUUGGGCUGCCCAACAAGUUAAGGGGAAUGAUUGUGAGGCACCCGGAAUUAUUCUAUGUGAGUUUGAAAGGGGAGAGGCACUCUGUGUUUUUGGUGGAGGGGUUUGAUGGGAAAGGUACCCUAUUGGAGAAGGAUGAGACUCUGGUAAUAAAAGAUAAGUUGAUGGAGUUGGUUAGGGAAGGGAAGAGGAUGAGACGAGAGAAGAGAAAGGCUUGGAAGAAUAACCAUGUCAUUGAUAACUCUAAUAAUGGUGAUGACGAUGAUUAUGAGGUUGAUAACAAUGAUGAUGAUCAUGAUGAUGAAUUGGAUGAUUUGUUCGAGUUUGAAGAUUCAGAUUUGGAUGGUAUUGAUGAUGAUGAUUAUGAUGAGAGCAACGAGUCAUCAGGCCACUUGGCAGAUGAGGCUUUUUGGACAGCAGAUGCUCCUUUUCUUGAUGAUGUGGAUGGAGCAAAUGUUGAACCAUGGUAACAAUGAAAAUGAAUGUCAAAACAAUGUACAUAAAUUAUAGAAAACUAAUUAAGGUCAGACUGUGAGACAGUAUUUUUAGUCUUUACUUAUGAUAAAAGCACUAGCAUUGGGGGAUGUAAACACCCCUCUCUCAUCAGUUCUCUAUCUCUCAACAAAAUCAGAGGCUCUCUCUCAAACCAGUGCCCUCUCUUCCCCCAGCUGCCGAUCUAUUUAUCAUCUGUCUCUGUUGCUUCUAUUCUCUCUGACCGGUGUUAUGGGCUUCAGGUUACUGGGGGUUUGUUUGUGUUUCGGGUUGCUGGUGGUGUUGUUUGAGUUUUGGGUUGAAUCGGUUUGAGUUUCAGGUUGCUGUUGGUGUUUGUUUGAGUUUCGGUGUUAAAUCGGUCUAAGUUUCAGUGUUGAAUUGGUGUGAGUUUGGUGUUGAGUCGGUUGAGUUCGGUGUUGACUCAGUUUGAGUUUUGGAAUUGAAUCGGUCUAAGUUCGGUGUUGAAUCAGUUUGAAUUUCGGUCUUGAAUCGGUGGGUUGCUUGCCGGUUUGGGUGUAGGUUUUUUCUGGGUUUGGUGAGUGGUGUUGGUGAGCGAUGAAGGGCUUUUUUUUGGGAUUUGUUGUUUGUGGUGGAUGGUGAUGGUGAUGGUGAUGGUGAGUAUUUUUUUUGUGAUGGUGAGUGCAGUGGUGGUAGGUAGCAGUUUCGAUUUGGGUUUUGUAUUUUUUUUUUGUUUUUGUUUUGGUGGGUUUGUGGGUUUGGAUAUUUGAUCGGUGGUUUAGAGUUUGUGGCUAUGGGUUGGCUGUGCGUUUGGUGGUUUGGUGCAUUUGGUGGAUGAUCGUGAUUUGGGUUUUUGGUUGAUUUUGUGGGUUUGGUGGUUGGCAGGUAGCAGUGGGGGAAGAGGAAUUGGGUAGAAUAGAGAGAUGGGAGAGGAGAGAAAAAUAGAUUUGUUUAUAUUAUUUAAUUGUGUAAUUUAUAUUAUUUUAUUGAGUUGUAUAAAAAAUAGAAACUGGAAUGUUGGUUGGGUUGUAAAAUGAGAU